UCCACAUGCUCGUGGAGCAAAGCGAUCCAAUGUUUACGCCGUGAACAACUCGCUGACAGUGCGUGUGCAAGAACGUGUUUUGCAAGGACGACAGAACCGAAUCGGGAGCUUCGGAGCUUCUUUGUUGUUUCGAUCGUGUAUAGGCCAUAAUGUAUAAAUCCCGUGGAGGUGGAGGAAGUCGAAAGAAGAACAACUUUCGUAAGAAGCGUCCUGAUCGAGAGAGUCGCCCUUUGGCUGAAAAAUUGUCCGAUCUUGCCGUAAAUAGUGAUUCCUCUUCCGAUGCCGAAGAGGAAGGCCAUGGAUCGGGUUCCGGCCACAGUUCGAGUGACGAAACAACACACAAAAGCAAGUUCGACAUCGGAAAACCACCCAAGUUUCCCGUUAGCAUGUGGGAUUUGAAGCACUGCGAUCCUAAAAAGUGCUCCGGCCGCAAACUAGCCCGGCAUGGAUUGAUCAAAAACUUACGCCUUGGACAAAAAUUUCCCGGCCUUGUGUUGACACCGGUCGGCGUUAAUUGCGUAAGUCCACAGGACAGGGAAAUCAUAAAAUCUUUAGGCAUUGCGGUGGUUGACUGUUCAUGGGCCAGAUUGGAUGAGACUCCGUUCAACAAGAUACGUUCCCCUAAUCCGCGAUUGCUUCCGUUCCUGGUAGCUGCUAAUCCGAUUAACUAUGGAAAGCCGUGUAAACUAUCCUGCGUAGAAGCGAUUGCCGCAUCGAUGUACAUUACCGGUUACAAGCAGGAAGCGCUUUGGUAUUUGAACAAAUUUUCCUGGGGUCAUUCGUUUGUGGAGCUUAACCAGGAACUACUCGAUGCAUACGCAAGAUGUGCAAACAGUAAGGAGAUUUUGGAGGUGCAACAACAAUAUUUGGAACAUUCAAAAGAUGAACUGCAAGCAGAUCGAAGUUUUCCCAGCACCGAAUCGGAGGAGGAAGAUGGUGAUGAGACAGAGGAAGAAAGUAAUGAAGCGGGCGAUGUAAAAUGUAUAUCGGACACCGGAAUAGAAAGUGAAACUGCGAAAGAAAUAAAAACAUGAAAACCACGUUGUUUGAAGCAUAGAAUACUUUCUCAUCGUACUUUAGAUUCCAUUCCGUUACCAUGGAAUUCCGAUCCAUCGAUAGUUCUUGGCAGCUUGGAAACGGAAGAACAGAACGACCUUUUUAG